GGCCAAACCUGCCACCGGGUUCUGCCGGGUGCUCCUACGACACGCACUGUCUAACUCCCUGCCAAAUACACAAUGAAAUACAGUGCGAAUCCAUUCAUCGGGCAACUUUUCGGCCUCGAGCUCUAGAAAAUCGUACCAGUCUUAACAAUUCAUGUAUCUACGGAAUAGUGGUAUCAUAGAUACGAUAUCAGUCGCACACACACAGCUUUGAGAGAAAAGCUUCACCGAAACUACCAUCUAUCAAAAUCCUCCCUCCUCUAACGCCUCCCGCACCACCACCUCUCUACUCUAAAUCAUGGCAUCAAUCGCACGAUGCCUCCGGGCAGCUCGACCGUCGACACUCUCUCGACUAGCACAGACAACGCCCCUCACACGAUCCAAUUGGCAACCGGCAUCGCUGCGAGCAUUCUCUGCCUCAUCGAUAAGAGAGAUCCGCAAGUACACAAAGGACCACGAGUGGAUCGACCUGAACACGAACAAGAAGGAGGGCGUGAUCGGCAUCUCGGAGUACGCGGCCGAAGAGCUGGGCGACGUCGUGUAUGUUGAGCUGCCCGAGGAGGGCAAGGAGGUCAGCGCGGGCGACGCCAUCGGCGCCGUCGAGUCCGUUAAAAGUGCCGCCGACAUCAACUCCCCUAUCGCCUGCAAGAUUACCGGCAUCAAUUUUGCUCUGGAGGAGAAGCCCGGCACCAUCAACCAGGUGCCCGAGGACGACUCGGCUGGUGGUGGCUGGAUCGCGAAGGUCUCCGUCAAUGAACAGGGCAUCAAGGACUUUGAGGCUCUCAUGGACCUCGAAGAGUACAAGGCGUUCACCGGCGCCGAGGAACAUUAAACUCGAGACAACUUUUACGAGGUGUUAUGAAGUGUUGAGAGUACGAAGUGCAUAGUAGGUGUUCAUCGGAAAUGGAAAUCAUUCAACAACCAACGAACGGGAGAACGGGCUCAACCUUGUAUCAUAAACUCGUUUGGGGUAUUCUCAUCAUCAUGGCGA